AUGGAAAGUGAUGCAUCAAGCGAUGAAGAUGUCACAACGACCCCUGUAAUACUCAGGCUUAAUUGUUCUGUGUAUAAUCCAUGCGGUCGAUAUGGCUAUUGUCGAGAUACGACAACAGGUGACACAAAAUGUCUUUGCAAAUUUUGGUGGAAUGGAACAAGAUGUGAUGAAUGUGAGAAAAAUGAUCCUUGUAAAUCUAAUAUUCAUGCUUUCUUUUUACUCUAUCUUGUAGUAUCAAAUAGUGGUCAACAGGUUAUAGCACUAGGAGUUCUGGUAUUUAUUUUGUUAGUAUUUUUUUAUGGAAUGCUAUUGUUUCGUCGUAUCAUGAAAAACCGUAAACUACCAAAAAAUGAACAAACAGAAAAAAUUCCAAUUUUCACUCGAAAAUUUCCUACAGUACCGAUCACUGUACUUGAUCCUUCUCGUCGGAUUUUAUCAUGGAUUACUGGUAUUUUGACUCUUAUAGUUGCAGCAGGUACUCUUAUUGCUAAAUGGUUUACUAUAAAACCUAUUCAUGAAGAAAUUGUUGAUAAAUUUCUAAAAAAUCAAUCAGUUUUUUAUAUACGUCCAUCAGUUUGUCGAAUUAUUGAUUUAAGAGCUGAAUUCAAUCUUUUUACUUUUCCGGCUGCUUGUCUACUUAUUGUAUUGUUUAUAAUAACAACAAAACGUACUUCAUUUCAACGAAACAAACAUUGUAAAGGUUAUUUAGGUAUUCCAAUACCAUUAGAUUUUUUCGGUCAUGUUAAACGAACAUUAGCAGCAGUCAUAUUUGCUGUAUUUGCCGAUGAAUUAUUAGAUAUUGUAACGGAACUCAUAGCUGGAAAUCGUCCAUCAAGUGGUAGAGGUGUCAUAGUGAGUUAUCUAUUCCAGAUAAUACGAGUCUUUAUCAUUGGCUUUCGACGUUAUCCAAUUUUGGCUGCUGUCUAUAUUGAUAAUUGUUUCAGUUUAGCUUGUGCUACUUUAUAUGUAUGGUUAGAUUUCAGUGUAUCUAUUGUUUAUACCGGUCUUUGUCGAAAUAGUUUCUAUCUAACAGAAGAAGCAUUUAAUAAAACUGACAGUACAAAUACAGAGAUUAAAUUGACUUAUUAUGGUACAGGAUCAAAAUUAUUAUUUGUUCAACUAUUGACUGAUAUUCCUCCUUAUAUAUGUCUUGCUUAUAUUAGUGUUAAAUUACCUAUGUUAUUAUUAAAACGAAUUCGACAUCGACAUCCUACUGACAGACAACUGACACGUGAACAAAAAGAUCUUUUAUAUUCAUCUUUACCACAUUCAGCUGAAUCACGAUAUGUUAAAAAAUUAUUAGGAAUAGUUCCUAUACAACCACCAAAGAAUCGAUUUAAUCAAAUUUUACGAAAAAUCUAUGCAUGGCGAGAUGAUUUUCGUUUCUCGUCUCGUGUAGUCUGUGUCUAUGCAUCAGCUUUUCUACUACUUUUCUUUAUUACUGUUAACGCUUACAUUCAAGUUCUUCCAAAACUUGAUGCAGCCCAAAAAGGUUUUCAAGAUGGUGCUAAUUUCCUUGCUGGAGUUGUAUUACCAUCAGAGCCUGACGUGAUAUAUGAUGAAGAUACACCGUCGGAUUUUCCUAUACCGAAUCUUACUCGAUCAUAUAUAAUUGGUGUUAUUAUUGCAUUGAUUAUAAUCAUUGUACAAAUAUUAGUUAUGCUUGCAAGUAUUCGACGAAAUCUUAUACAAGCAUUUCGUGGUAAUCAUUCUGAAAUACCAGGUCGUAAUCCAUCCCGAAAUGUUAGUUGUAUAACUGGCUAUUUUCAUUUCGCUGGAUAUUUAAUUGGUUAUCUUGUAAUAGGUUAUAUAGUUUUGAUAUUUUUUGCUGUUCUUAUAGUACUAGUUAUUGAUGGAUUUCUUACUUUUGGAAAUGCAAGACUUAUUGAACGAGGACUCAAGGGAUUAAUUCCUUUCGUACUUUUUACAACAUUUAAAUUAUAUUUAAAUAAAACUUUGGGACAAAUUGUAUUUCUACAACAUGCUGGUGAAGUUUUAUCAGUUAAUAAUCGACGAAGUUUUAUGGUAUAUAUCUAUUUUAAUUUUUUUCUCGAUGCUUUUCUGGGUUUUAUUGCUGCUAUCAUGCGUAUAUUGAAAAGUAUUGGUGGUGGUAUCAUUUACAUGUGCCGAUUGGAUUAUGCACCAUUGGGUAGAAAAUUAGAAACUAUGGAUGCUGGUUUUAAUUCAUAUUGUGGAUUAAUUCAUAUAGAAUGUGCUCAUCGACAUCCUGUUUUACUUUGUUUUGUUAGUCAUCUUCUUCGUGAUCAUCUUUAUCCAACAACAACAAAACGAUUAUCAAAAGCAAAACAUAAAUGGCUUCUUGCUGUAUUCUUAAUAAAUAAUCCAACAUUAAUUUAUCAACGAAAAGAAUUCCUACAAAGUCGACAAGAAAAUCAAACAAAAUUGAUGUUGAUUGGAAGAAAGAACACAAAAAUUCCGUACAUCGAACAACCAAGUAUAAUCUCGACAAAAGCAUUAGAAGACGUAUGGGAACAUCGUAGAUUUUAA